GAGAGAGAGAGAGAGGGAUUCGAAGAGCGGCUUCGUGCGAAGAGCUGGAAGCCAAAUCGCGGGCGAUCUUAUUGGCAACCAAAAUCCUAUAAUCAUCGGUACCUGUGCUGAUCUUGGGAGAAUUCAUCUGGUUUUGGUGGCGAUCGUUGUCUGUGGCUUGAUCGUCAUCAAAUAGCUCGAGUUUUGACACACAAGGGGUUUGCGGGGAUGGAUGGUAGGAGUAGCGUGAGGUUGUGCACGAUUUGGUGAGGAUUUUCCUGGUUUCAACUUUCAAUUUAUUGAUUGAUUUGCUGAAGCCAUACGUGCUUUCGAUUCAGUAGUCGUCGUCAUGAUGUUUGGUUUCUUUUGGAGCUUUGAUUGUUUGGGACAUCAUCUUUGAUUAUUAGUGCUCUUAUUCUUGAAUGAGAGAAAAAAGUUGUGGUUUUGGUUAAAUAGUCUUUGUUUUCCGGCUUGUGUAUUGGAGAAAAUUAUAUUUGGGGAUCAAAAUUAGAAGCUUUUGGGGUUUUGGAAUUGAAGGUAGGUGUGAAUUUUUAGGUAUGCUGUGAGUUAGCUAUCUGAAUGUUAGUUCCUGGGAGGGGCAUCGAAAUGAAUUCAACGAUGGAUGAGAUUAACCUUCUCCGGCAGGCUCAACGACAUCACUUGGUAGUAAGAGGAAUUGGGGAAGAAAUUGACUUAGAGAUUGGACCUGGUGAGGAUGACCCAACUUUUGCAACUACACUUGUUAGGGUACCCACACAAGACACUGGGGUUGUUGAAGAGCAAGAGGAUCACAAGCAGCUUAUUAUGUCAUCCCAAGCUCCUAGUGAAGAUCAAACGGAGCUUGUGAAGCUGCCACAGGCAAAGAGGAAGAAGAAGGUGGUGAAGAAGUGGAGGGAGGAGUGGGCAGAUACUUAUAAAUGGGCCUAUGUAGAUGUGCAUGAAGGAACAACUAGAAUAUUUUGCUCGGUUUGUAGAGAGUAUGGGAGGAAACAUAGGAGGAAUCCUUAUGGGAAUGAGGGGAGCCGGAAUAUGCAGAUGAGUGCAUUGGAAGAGCAUAACAAUAGUCUGCUUCAUAAGGAGGCCCUUCGGCUCCAAAUGGCAUCCAAGGAUAAAGGUCUGCCUGCUGUGGAAAGACCUGUCUUUGUGAAAGACUUAAUGUCAAAAACUGCUGGCUCGAUUAUUGAAGCUGUUUUGAAAAAGGAUCCUCAUGAAUUUGAGUUUAUACAAUCGGUGCAAGAAGUUGUUCAUUCACUAGAACCUGUGUUGGUGAAAAAUUCUCAGUAUAUUCACAUAUUGGAGCGAUUGUUAGAACCUGAGCGAACAAUUAUCUUCAGAGUGCCAUGGGUUGAUGAUAAAGGAGAGACACAUGUGAAUCGUGGCUUUCGUGUUCAAUUCAGUCAGGUGUUGGGUCCAUGCAGAGGUGGUCUUCGUUUUCAUCCAUCCAUGAACUUAAGUGUUGCCAAGUUUCUAGGGUUUGAGCAGACUAUGAAGAAUGCCUUAUCACCAUAUAAACUAGGUGGAGCUGGUGGAGGAAGUGAUUUUGAUCCAAGAGGGAAAAGUGAAAAUGAGAUCAUGCGUUUUUGUCAAAGUUUUAUGGAUGAGUUAUAUCGAUAUUUGGGACCUGAUCAGGAUCUUCCUGCGGAAGAUAUGGGGGUUGGUCCAAGGGAAAUGGGAUUUCUAUUUGGACAAUAUAGACGCUUGGCUGGUCAUUUCCAGGGAAACUUCACUGGUCCAAAGAUCUUCUGGUCAGGUUCUAGUCUUCGAACUGAAGCUACUGGCUAUGGACUGGUAUUUUUUGCACGUCUUAUACUUUUGGAGAUGAAUAAAGAACUCAAAGGAUUAAGAUGUGUAAUAAGUGGAACUGGGAAGAUAGCACUGCAUGUUCUGGAGAAGCUUCUUUCUUGUGGUGCCAUACCUAUAACAGUAUCAGAUUCCAAGGGCUAUUUGUUAGAUGAAGAUGGGUUUGACUAUGUAAAAUUUUCGCUUCUUAGGGAUAUCAAGUCACAACAAAGAAGCUUGAGAGACUAUAUUAAGUCUUAUCCUCGAGCUAGGUAUUUUGAGGAUUCAAAACCUUGGAAUGAACGGUGUGAUAUUGCUUUUCCAUGUGCCUCGCAAAAUGAAAUAGGUCAACCUGAAGCUCUUGGUUUAGUUAAUUCUGGAUGUCGCAUACUCAUAGAAGGUUCAAAUAUGCCCUGCACAUCCCAAGCGAUUGAUGCUCUUAGGAAGGCUAAAGUUCUGGUCGCUCCAGCAAAGGCAGCCGGAGCUGGAGGGAUUGCUGUUGGAGAACUCGAGCUUAAUCAUGAGUACAAUUUGAUGCAGUGGUCUCCUGAGGAUUUUGAAACUAAAUUACAGGAUUCAAUGAAACAAACAUACGAGAGAUCUCUUAAACACGCAAAUGAUUACGGGUUCCUCAAGGACAGCCCUGAAGCUCUGGUGCACGGCGGGAACAUCUGCGCAUUUCUUAAUCUGGCUCAAGCAAUGACUGAUCAAGGUUGUGUGUGAAAUUGUGAAUGAAUCCAAGUCCUCAACUCUUCAUUCUCAACUGUUCAACCCGAUGCGAAAACCGAACAUAAGAUGUGCUACUCAUGAACUUAAUCGAUAAAUGAUUUGCCGUCCAAUCGCGUUGGAUUGUACCAAAGAGUGAGCUUGCUUGCAACCAAGAGAAAUAGAACACAUUGAAUUCCGGGAAGUUUUCGAUAUUGUUUGUAAAUGAUGGUAUUAUUCGUCUGUGUAGAGAGUUUGCAGGACUGAAUUCAGUGCCUGAACUUUGAAACAUGAGUCAUCCAUCAGUGUAUUCAAUAUGGUUUAUAUGCUCACUUUUCAGAUGAAAUCAUUCAAGGUUGAUAAAUGCUCUAUAUUUUUGACAUUCUUGGUUCAUCAAAA